UCGUCAUCAUCAGCAUCGGUAUCAACAUAUCAUAUAGACAAACAGUGCAUAGGGCCCUAAUUUACCCGCGUCAUCAUACAAACCUUUUGUGACUCGGCCGUGUUGCGCCAGCCACACGCGACGUGUGUCGCGUUCUUCAUGUCAGGAACCGGGAAUGUCGUCCGGUGAUUUAUAUGACCCGGAUCAGAGUGCUGUCGAUACUCGUUUAGUGAAGCCUUGGAACGUAGCGUUUAGGGCACAGCGUGAUGUAGGAUUGAACAUUCCCAUCGACUUUCGUACUGGACCCACAGUCUCCUUGAGCCCGGCUUGCUUCUACAACAAUCAGUACGAACAUAAUGCGUUUCAGAAAUGCUUUUCGAAUCUUCUCGCUGUCGGCUUCACGAGAUUCACUGUAGAUGUCUACUGGGAUCCACUUCAAUCAGUAUGGAGUCUAUGUCCAGUUGAAUUGCCUCCACUAGACAAUGAAGUAACUGAGACUAUAUCCAUAGUGUCAGGGCCAACGCUCACAAUGUCGACGGAUACAUUCGAUGCGAACAUUCCGUUGUCCACUGCUCUUCCGCCUAGGGACAUCUUAGAAUUCGAGCGGCGUCAAGAUGGGCCAGGUUCAACAUCAGUCGCCACACCAGUGGAUGCAUCAUCAACUGCGACGUCUUCAGGACUGUCAUCAGCUGGUCCAACAACAUCCUCGCUUUCUACAGCUGCGCCAGCCAACCCAACUAUCGUCAGCUUUCCUACCACUGAUGGCCCACCCUUGAUGCAGAUCGGUAGCUACAACUGCACUGCGAUGAUGACAUUGGGCUUUCUCACUGGACUGCUCGAAAACUUCUUGGAUGUCACGUCUACUACAACUGAUACCGCAAUCACACUAUUGACUCUGAAUGUUCAUGCUGCAUCCUCAUGGCAGGAUCCAAACGCUCCCGCAUCACAACUGUCUCAAAAUCAACUCCCGGAAUCCGGCGAUCUGCUUAGCGACGUCAUGAAGGGAAAUCUUACGGACGAAACAUACACCCCAUCCAUUCUUAGAUCACAACGUGAAAACCUCAAUGAGUCCUGGUUCGACGUGGACUGGGAGAAUCGCCCCAGACAAGGAUACUACAACUUCUCGAAAGAUGCUAAUGAUAACCUCUACACGGUCAAUGGGUGGCCGUCAGAAGUAUACAUCGAGUUCCAGGAGCAGUACAGGCUUGUCGUCAGUUAUGGCACUAUCGACCCACAGAUGCGACUGUAUAACAUCGGGACUGAUUUGGACUUCAUCUUUCCACCAGGAACAAUCUCAAAUUACCAAAACGUUUCCUUUGAGACGGCAGGACAGUUGUCAUCGGGCUGCCUAUUCGCGGCUUCGGAAACUACAGUAACUCCAGAAUCGAAUUCCUCUUGGGCCAUCUCUACUGCACCAUCACUCGAUAUAGGUGCAACUCCCAACCUCCUGGUACCUAUUCCCUCCAUCGCCAACCUCACCUCCUGCGGCAUCACUGCGUUACUCAACGAAACUCUGGCCAACACGACAGCCGACAAGAAUCCCCUACCGUACGCUGCGUAUCUACACUCCACACAAUGGUCCUGGGCCCCAGGCGAACCACUGAACGCCACAUCCAGCGGAUCUGGCUCCACCGGAAACCGCUGCGCAAUCAUGACAAUAUCUCCCUUCCCCGGACGAUGGCAUGCGACUGACUGCAAUAGCCGUCAUCAGGUAGCGUGUCACGACCCAACACAGCCAUACCACUGGGAGAUAUCCUCUGGAGAUUCCGAAUACGAAGCCGCCGAGACGCUCUGCCGCGCACCCCUAACAUUCGACGUGCCACACACUGCGCUCGAAAACGCACAUCUCCUCGCAGCUAUGCGCAGUCGGCGCGAAGGGACCGACGAGCCGGUCUACAUCGAUAUCAAUAGCCUUGAUGUGGCGGAUUGCUGGGUCAUCGGUCUCAACAGCACGUGUCCGUAUAUACAGUCCAUCGACACGAAUCGAACGAGGAUCGUGGUUGUUCCGACGGUUGCGGCGGUCAUUAUCUUCGUGCUGGCGGCACUGACGUUCUUCAUCAAGUGUGCGUCUAAUAGAAGGAAAAGUAAGAGGGGUAGGAAAAGGAGGAUGGUUGGCGGCUGGGAGUAUGAAGGUGUGCCCAGUUGAGAGGAGGGAAAGUUAUGUCAGGCCGCAUCACGACGCAGCGUAUCAAGGAUUGCAGGAGUGGACAUGCAUUGAAUACAGGUCUUGUCAGGGUAUAGAUCCAAAGUUUUUCUGCCUCGUACAAGAUAUUGUUCGCCUCUCGUUUACUUUCCGUUCACGUGC